AUGGUGCAGAAAAACUUUUGGACCAAGAUCAGAGGAGCCUGUUGCAUAGUACUCGCAUGCAUCACAAAACUGGUAAAACUUGUGUUGAAGUACAUCGUCGGUACUUAUUCAAAUGUCGAAAAUCCGUCUGAUGCUCAGCAAAAAAUAUACAAAACAAUUGCGGAUAUUCCAGGACCAAGGUCGUUGCCUGUAUUUGGAACCAGGUGGAUCUAUUGGAAAUUUUGUUUAUAUAAACUGAAUGCCGUUCACUUAGCAUACGAAGACAUGUUUAACCGGUAUGGCGAUAUUAUUCGCGAAGAAGCACUGUGGAACAUACCAGUUAUAAGUGUCAAAAACAAAGAUUUCAUCGAAAAGGUACUUAGACAAAGUGGAAAGUACCCUAUCCGACCUCCAAAUGAAGUAACAGCUAACUACAGAAAAUCCCGUCCGGAUCGCUACACAAAUACAGGACUUGUUAACGAACAAGGUGAAGUUUGGGCGAUGCUAAGAAAUAAAUUGACUCCAGAACUUACAAGUCCUAGGACAAUUCGACGUUUUUCGCCAGAAGUUAACCAGCUCGCAGACGAUUUUAAUAAUCUUAUUUCCCUAGCGAGAGAUGGCAAUAACGUGGUCAAAGGAUUCGAAGCAUAUUGUAACAGAAUGGGAUUGGAAAGUUCGUGUACGUUAAUUUUGGGCAGGAGGUUCGGAUUUUUGGACGGAGAGGUUAGCGAGACGGCUACGCGACUGGCAGACUCCGUGACCAGUCAGUUCAGAGCGUCACAGGAAGCAUUUUAUGGGCUUCCACUCUGGAAGUUAAUACCAACCAAGGCUUACAAGGAUUUCGUAGCAAGCGAGGACGCCCUAUACGACAUCGUGUCCGAAAUCGUUGAUUCAGCGUUGAUCGACGAGCAACAGUCUUGCACAGAUGUACGCAGCGUAUUCGUGUCUAUACUACAGUCGUCAGGGUUGGACAACAGAGACAAGAAAGCCGCCAUAAUCGAUUACAUAGCUGCCGGAAUAAAAACAUUGGGAAACACGCUGGUGUUUUUAUUGUACUUGGUCGCCAAACAUCCGGAAGUACAGGAAAAAAUAUACAACGAGGUAUCACGGUUGGCUCCGGCGGGUACACCUAUUACCGCUGAACAUUUACACAAGGCCACAUAUUUGAACGCGUGUAUAACCGAAGCCCACAGGCUUAAGCCCACUGCUCCGUGUAUUGCAAGAGUGUUGGAGUCGGAAAUAGAAUACGAUAAUUACCGAUUGCCGCCAGGGAGCGUCGUGUUGCUGCACACGGGGUUGGCGUGUCUGGAAGAAAACAACUUCAAAGACGCAACCUCGUAUAGACCGGAAAGGUGGCUGGACGAGUUGACGAAAAAAUCUCCAUUUUUGGUCGCACCGUUCGGUUGUGGCAAACGAAUGUGUCCGGGGAAGCGAUUCGUUGAUCUAGAACUCCAAGUUGUCUUAGCAAAGAUGGUCAAGCAAUUUCAAAUCGACUUUGAGGGACAACUGAAAACUGAAUUUGAAUUUCUUUUGACACCCGUUGACUCAAAUUUCGUUCUACGAGAUAGAAUUGUUUAA